CCUGUUUGGGUACAUUGCUGCUGCUGCUGCUGCUGCUGUGUGGUCGUGCCUUCUCUCUCCCCUGUGGUCACCUUCGGCUCUUUUCUUCCACCCUCCUGUCCCCUAAGGGGAAAGAGACUCUUGGAGAGUGUCGUUCCCUCCCUCUCCUUUCUCUUCUGGCCCCGCUGGUCCCAAGCUCUGAAGCGAGAACCCCCUGCCGCACAGCCACCAAAUUUCUGGAGUAUAACCAGUGGGCCAGAGGUCUAAGAAAAUCAAAAUCACGAAGGAAUGGACAGUGAGGUACAAAGGGAUGGAAGAAUUUUAGAUUUGAUUGAUGAUGCUUGGAGAGAAGAUAAGUUGCCCUAUGAAGAUGUUGCAAUACCACUGAAUGAACUUCCUGAACCAGAACAAGACAAUGGUGGCACAACGGAAUCUGUCAAAGAACAAGAGAUGAAGUGGACAGACUUAGCCUUACAGUAUCUACAUGAGAACAUUCCCCCAGCAGGAAACUAAUUAAGUUCUUAUCUUUCAUGGACAGAUUAUUGUGUAUCCAGAAUGUUUUCUUAUAGGUUUCCAUGCGGAAUCUUUAAGCUGUGAGCCCCUACUUUGAACAAUUGAUUCUUGUUGACAAAGUAGAAUUUGAAAAUAUUUAUUCAUGAAGAGAUAACGAAUUUAGAUUGCUUAAUAUUAGAGGAUUUUAACAAAUAUUGUGUAAAUCUCUUCAUUAGCUUGUCUUAAAUUUAAAUAUUCAUCUAUAACUUUGGUUGUCAUAGGUUAGUACAAUUUAAGUUACCUUUAUAUUUUCUUCAGCAGUAGAAAGAGUCAAAUAGUAACUGGGAGAAUGAUGUCAAAUUACUGUACUUUGCUUCUCUGUUCAAUGUCAUAUCAAGGGGUAGGAAAAGAAUGCAGUUGAUCUUAGAUAUGAAAAGUUGAUGAGGAGAAGAGAGCUCAAUUUUAUAUUUUUACCUCAAGUGUGAAAUAGGUAGGUAGGAUGCUACCUCUACUUUAGUCAUAUAUUUUGAGUUCAUGUGUUUAGAAUAUUGAUGCCAUUAGUAUGGAGAUAACUUAUUCACAAAUGUAUGGAAUUAGUAUUUUUUUUUGUUUUCUAUUAAAUUUAAGGUUUGUGGAUAAAAUUAUUCUUUUGUGUACUUUUCAAACAAAAGUACAUUGUGUAAUUUUACAGGCUAAAAAUAUUAACAGGUUCAAGAAAUGUUUAGACAAACUCAUGGGUUAUUCACAGAAUCAUAGUUAUAGAACCUGAAGGGAGCUCAGAGGUCAAUUAGUUUAAUGAUCUAAUUUUACAUAUGAGGAAUCUGCAGCCCAGGGACUUCCCCCGAGGUCAUAUAGGUAAGGAGUGGCAGAGCUGGGAUUCUAACUCAGGUCCCAUGAUUCUUAGUUAAUUGGUACAGUUCAGUGCUCUUAUACAUGAUAAUAGUCUUAUCCAGCAGAGGUAUGCAAGCAUGGAGCCCAUCACAUUGUCUAGUAGUGCAAUUUUUUGUGUUCAUAUUAGUGUACUUUGAAAUAUAACAGGAAAAAGGGGGGAGCCAAAGUUCUGUCAUCAUUUCUUCUCUAUAAAGCCUUCCCUAGCUAUUUCAGCCCUUACUGAUUUAACUUCUAACUACCUCGGUCAUAGCCUGUAAUAGACAAUGUAGCAUGUAAUUAUGUAUCAAUUUAUGUUGCUUUCUGUUAGUUAUCUGCAUGAUAGAUUCUUUUCCCCAAAUUGACUGUUACCUCCUUGAGGAUAAGGUAGUUAGUAUAAGACCAUAUAUUAGUAUUUCUGUAUCUACUGUACAUGUAUUAUUAAAUAAAUACGUGGAUUAAUUGAGUAUUACUCUUCAACCUUGAUUAGUUAAAAUAUUGCCCCACAAUUAUUUUUUUAACCACAUUUGACUUUUAGGAGAAAAAGACCUAUCCCAAUAUAGCAAGCAUAUUUCUGAAAUUUGUUUUAAAAAGUGUCUUCUAGGGUGUGUUCUGGCAUCAAAAUACAGCUCAAUCUUUAUACCUUCUAUGUCUGUUGACCUAUACAGUGAUCAUUGCUCUUCAAAAUUUUGAACCUGAGGGAGUCUACUAUCAUAAAUCAUCAAAGAUGAUGUUCUUACUAAGGCUCAAAAGUGAACAAGUUAUGUUUUAGAAAGCUUUUAAAAUAGAUUUUUAAAAGCAUCCUUUUUUGUACCUUGUACAUUAUAGACAAUAUUGAAUUCCUUUUCAGGUUAAACAAAAUUAACUUAAUAGUGUUACACCAAACCCUAAAUUUUGUGGUUAAUUGAGGCUUUCCUUUAUUUCAUCUUAUGCGAUGUGUUUACCAAUUUCUAAGAACAAAAGCACAAACAUCAAAUAUUAUAGAAAUGGAAGUCUUAAGAUUUUGUUCAGAUUUAUUAAUGUUUUGUGUAAUGUUGUGAUAGAUUGAGUAUAUUAUGAUCAGACCACAUCUGGAGUAAUGUGUUGAGUUUGUAGCACCAUCUUUUAGAGAGGAUGAGAGGGCAGAACUAGGACCAGAAAUUUAAAGUUACAGAGGUAAAUUUCAGCUUGAUACGAAGAAAACCUUCUCAAGUGGUAUGAGCUGCCCUGGAAGCAAUGAGUUACCCAUCCUUCAGUUUAUUAGUACCCAUCCAUAGAGAUUUUCAAUUGGAGGCUGGAUAAUCGCUUGCUAGGGAUAUUGUAGAAAGGAUUUCUGCUUACUUGUGAGCUGGACCAGAUGAUCUGAGGUCAUUUCCAUUUCUGGGAUUCUGUAAUUACAGCUUGGCAUGGUAAAUGAUCAUCGGAUUUGGACUUGAAUUUGAAUCCCAGAUCUUUUCCUACUUUUAAAUCCUUCAGCAAGUCAUUUUCCUCCUUCAGGCUUCCAUUUCCUCCUCUUUGAAAUAAAGAGGAUGAAAUAAAUGACCCUAAGAUCCUUUGUAUCUCUAAAACCCAUCAUCUUAAUGUUUGAUUAUGGUCUUGACUCAAGUUGGCUCUAAUUCCCAUUUGUAGUAUAUUUUUUGGGACUCUUAAUCAUUUAUCAUCAUAAAUGUCUAAUUCUAUGUGCUAUGGAACACAAUAAAGAGGACUUGUUAAACCUUCUAAAACUUGGAAUAAGAAACUAGAAGAAAAAUGGUAUAUAGCUGCAAGGAAUCUUCGGGAUCCCUACUCAAAAACAGCAUGAGCAAUACUAAAAUGAAGCAGAACUGUCAAGGUGAUCAUGCUUUAGAUCGCAAAGAAGUUAUAGAUAAGGUCAGAAAUGCAGAAAUUUAAAAUACAUUUAUGGAUCACAAUGUAAUAAAAUUAGUAAUCAACAAUGAAA